AUGCCUUCCCACGCUCCACCGGUCGUCGAUCUCACAGGCGACGAUCCUGUCAUAUCAUCAUCACCAUCAACAUCAACGACAGGAGCAGCAACAAGCACACCGAAUCCUGCUCUUGGCGGAGGCGAAGAAGUACGACUUUGCAAUCCAUGUGUGCCGGAUCCAAACCCGAAUCCCCUUGGUUACAGUACUGUGCGGGUACAUGGCCACCGACCCACUCAUUCUCUUUCAUCCACCAUGGCUAACGCAUACCAUUCCUCAUCGGCGCAGGGCCCGAGCCAGAAUUCCGAAGGUCGUCAGGAACGACGAACCGUGGGUGCAAAUGAUCGCCCACACUUCUUAAACGAAAUGAACGCGCAAACUCGCCAAGUUCCCUCUACCACUGGUAUAGCCCGACCACGUCGUUCUUUCUCCAGCCGCGAGGGCAACCCGCCCCGCGGACCUGCACCGGACGAGAGUGAUUUCUGCCCCGUAUGCAGACGCCAAUUUCUUCCACUGAGUCCUGAGCAGCCUCUUGAGGCGCGCCAAGCUCACACCCGUGCGUGCAUCGAGGGCUAUUUGAGACCAACUCCCCCAUCCCGGACAUCAUCCGUGCAACAGGGUUCUCCGCUCCCACAUCCUCCACCAGCAGCCCGCAUGCUUCCAUUUGUGGCCACGGAGAAGGACUGCCUUGGCGAGGAUGGCCAGGCAGCGGAGUGCACGAUUUGUAUGGAGGACUAUGAGGUUGGGCAGACCCUGGCCCGGCUUGAGUGCCUGUGCAAGUUCCACAAGCACUGCAUUGUUGACUGGUUUGAGAGAAAGAUGGAGUGCCCUGUUCACAAGCUUUCCUAA